AUGUCGCACUUUCUACUUGAUCUUCAUAAAAAGUUAUCAUGUGGAAAUACAAAACAGAUAACAGAUAUUGCAAAGGAUGCAAGCAACAACUAUGAAUUUAGAGCAGCCAAAUCUGACAUCGAACAGUGCCUAGAGUUAGUGCAGCAAGAAAUGGCUGAAAGAAAUAAAAACAUAAGGAACUUGGAUAAGAAGAAGGAUGCCAUAUUGGUUAAGAUAGGCAAGUCUGAAGAUGACAUGAUUAAGAAGAUAAAAGACAUCGCGGAAAAGUCCAGAGAGGAUGUCAGUGCUAAACAUUCCGAACACGUAAAGGCUGUCAAAUCGGAUGUAAAUGUUUUAGAAACUGUAACAGCAACAUUGAGAAAAGGUAGGGACAAACUUGAAGAAACAGGUCUAAGUGAUUCUGAGAUGUUUGUACAUGUUAACAAUUGUGAAAGCAUGGCUUCAGAUGUUAAAAAUCUGGUAAGAAAAUUGUUUGAGAAUUGGCAACAGACAGAACUUUAUUACCAACUAAACCAAACACUUUAUAAUGGAAUAAUAACCGCAAACUCAUUUGGAGAUGUUGUUGAAGAAACAAUAGAUGAUGCAGAAUUUACUGCCAAGUUUAACAGGAAAUUUAAUAUCAAAUUAGACAAUGACGCUGAAACCCCAGAAAUAAUGGGUAUAUGUUUGAUGAAGGAUGAUACAAUUGUUGUAACCGACUAUUACAAUACAAGACUGAAAAGACUAAAUAAAGAUGGCGGUAUAAUAGAUUUUAUAGAUUUAGGGGGUUCACCAGCCUCGCUGUGCCAAACAGGUCCAGAGGAAGUUGCUGCUACCUUGAGAGAAGAAAAGCAAGUACAAUUUGUUUCUGUUGGUAAAACCUUGUCGUUGGGACAUUCCUUUGCAACAGAGCAAAAAUGCACCGGGCUGUCCUACGAUCCAGAGUCGGGGGAAUUAUAUGUUUCCUGUGAUGAUAACACGGACACACCGUCUGUCAACGUUUACAACAGGAGCGGAAAAUUACAGAGGGUAUAUCGUGAAGAUGAAAGUGGAGCUAAACUCUUCUCGUCCCCGUGCCAAAUAUCUCUUCAAUCGUCUUCAGAUACCUUUUUUGUUUCAGAUAAUUCAGAUGGUGUAAUAGCUCUGAGUAAAACAGGCCAAAAAUUGUGGACUUUUACAGAUAAUGAUCUGAAUAGAGCAUGGGGCCUUGUUAAACUUCCUGGCAGAAAAAUUCUUGUUUGUGGAAUACAUUCAAGAAAUAUUCUUCAGCUUGCUACUAAUGGCAAGAAAAUAAAUGAGCUGAUUGGCACCUCCAGAGGAACCGAAUUUCCAACAGUUGCUGUCCAUAAUAGGAAUCAUUCCUUGUUGCUUGUUGGUGGACGGUCUGCUUUUAUGCAGGAAUAUGCAAUAUCACGUAAACAGUUAUUGCUAUGA